AUGGGAAGAAAGACAACUUUGUUUCUGAUUGCAGGGGUCCUUGGGGCAUAUUCUGUUUAUACACCUCUGCCAGAUAAUAUUGAGGAACCUUGGAAACUAACAUGGAGUACCACACAAAUGAAAAUGACAAUGAACAUGGCUCUCUUUGCUGAACUUUUGGGAAUCAACCAUCUCAUGAGCACUCUGAUGUUCCUUUUGAACUUUGCGGAAGUACCACCCACGUCUGAUGAAAAUGUCACUGUCACAGAGACAACUUUCAACAGUGUUCCUGUCCGUGUGUACAUCCCGAAACGAAAGUCAGAGACCCUAAAGAGGGGCUUAUUUUAUAUCCAUGGAGGUGGCUGGUGUUUGUUGAGCGCUGCUUCUUUUAAUUAUGACUUUCUGUCAAGACGGACAGCCGACAGACUUGAUGCUGUUGUUGUGUCAACCAACUACAGACUAGCACCAAAAUAUCAUUUUCCAAAUCAGUAUGAAGAUGUAUACAAUGCAUUGACGUGGUUCCUACGCCGUGAUGUUCUUGAAAAAUAUGGUGUAGACCCUGAAAGAGUUGGUGUCUCUGGGGACAGUGCUGGUGGAAAUCUAGCUGCAGCAGUGACUCAACAGCUCAUAGAAGACCCAGAUGUUAAGAUCAAACUCAAGGUCCAGGUCUUAGUAUAUCCUGCCCUUCAGGCUCUUGAUAUGGAUCUGCCAUCAUACCGCGAAAACGCAUACUUUCCAUCUCUAUCCACAUCAGUGAUGGUCAGGUUCUGGAGUGAAUACUUUACCACAGACCGGUCUCUUGAAGAAGCCAUGCUCUCCAACCAACACGUACCCAUGGAAUCAAUCCAUCUGUUCAAAUUCGUGAACUGGAGUUCCUUGCUUCCUGAGAGGUUUAAGAAUGGCCACUUUUAUAACAGCCCCAGCACUGGCAGUUCUGAGCUGGCUAAAAAAUAUCCAGGGUUCCUAGAUGUGAGAGCAUCACCCUUAUUGGCAGAGGACAGCAAGUUGCGUGGUUUACCCUUGACUUACAUCAUCACUUGUCAGUAUGACGUCUUAAGAGACGAUGGAGUCAUGUACGUCACCCGACUUCAAAACGCAGGAGUUCAAGUGACCCAUAACCACAUUGAGGAUGGGUUCCAUGGAGCAUUUUCCUAUAAUGAUAUGAAAAUUUUCUAUAGGAUGGAAAAUCAGUAUAUCAGUUGGCUAAGGGAGAAUCUAUAG